AUGGUUACUGUUAUUAAACGUGUCUACUACCAAAAUUUAGUUUUAUAAUUAUUUUUUAUUUGCUAAAAUUUUUACAAUAAUAACGGGAACAUUUAUAAAAAAAAUACAUUUAUCAGGAAUCAAACUUUGUUCUGGGGAGGUAAAUCAAUCGCACAGGGCGAUUCAGAGGCCUAAACGUCACUACUAAAAUAGUUCACAUUCUACACGCUGUCAUUGAAACGCCGGGAGGUCACUCGUUCGCUCUCUUCUGUGGGAGCGUUCUGUCUUCAUACCGAGUGAAACCAAGAAACGGACUCGAGAGCGUUUCGAUAAACCUGGGGCAGUUUACGCAAUCGAGCUAAAAUAAAUAUGUUUAAACUAAACGCUGUCAGUAAUGCAGAAUGUAUUGUUCUUAAAAUUAUCGACGAUAAGAGUUACAAAUGCUUCAUCAUUUUAUUUAUUGUUAUUGACUACUAUCCAUAUACGAAGCGAUGUCUAGAGUGAAAUAUAUCUCCAUUUAUUUGAAUCUAUGACUUUCUUUUAGUUAUGAAAAAAACGUUUUUGGUUUUUGGCUUUUACAAUGCGGUUCCGUUACCAAGGUAAUGCCGACAUCGAGCCAGGCGCUCAAACUUAAGAAAGGCGUACUGACGGAGGAUGAAGUGCGACCGACGUCGUCGGGACAUUGGCCGGGAUCCCAGUGCUCUGUGCCGACAGGUGUGAGAUCAGGUCCCCAGUACGCGUUCCGUACCCCGGCCCACUGCAGCAUCGUGACCGUCUACAACAUUGGGCAGGGGCUGGUGGGCGGGGGAGAGACAUGCCGGACCCGGACGCUAUGCACGCCCUUGGGCGCGAGUCUGCGCAGCUCUUCAAGCAUCAACCGCUACCGAGAGGUUACACCAGCAUCCUCGCAUUCGAACCAGACUCGAAAUCUUAUCAGUGGUGUGCGCAGGGCGGGUCCGGUUCCUACAUGGAAGUUGAUAAAGUGGACAGCCGGCCCACUUCCGGUCGAUGUCGGCCCUGUACCGCCGGGCCUGACAGAUCGUCUAUCUCUGCAAAGUACCCUUUUGCUGGACCCGGACUGCGUGCAUGACGCCACCAGCCACCAUACGCCGCGAAUCCGGAGAGAGAGCCCACAGAAACCGGACGCACAUAGCGGGACCGCGGCACGGGGCGCUGUUGAUCAGAGAUUGACGCGGCAACGCCGGAUGAUCAAGCUUGCCCGGACGCGAAUGUAAUGCGCAGUGACAACAUCGACCGGAUCGCCCCCAGUCUGCACAUGCGCAGUGACAACAUCGACCGGAUCGCCCCAAGUCUGCACAUGCGCAGUGACAACAUCGACCGGAUCGCAACAAGUCUACACACGCGCAGUGACACAGCGACCGGAUCGCCACAAGUCUGCACAUGCGCAGUGACAACAUCGACCGGAUCGCCCCAAGUCUGCACAUGCGCAGUGACAACAUCGACCGGAUCGCACCAAGUCUGCACACGCGCAGUGACAACAUCGACCGGAUCGCCCAAAGUCUGCACAUGUGCAGUGACAACAUUGACCGGAUCGCCCCUAGUCUGCACAUGCGCAGUGACACAAACACCACCCAGUCGGCCGAACGCCGCAGUUUUCAGUUUCCGGAACAACGAAAACGUGUCCCACUCGGAGAUUUGCGAGGUGACCAGUUUCCAGACAUUGGUUCGCUCCUGCUUGUGUACGAGAUUGGCCGAGACUAAAAAAACUGUAGUGUGACACCUAUGUGAGAGCAAGGAACGACAACUCUGCGUGGAGAUUGAUAUCAACCAGGUGCAGUACCUAAUACAGACUCAACUCGACGUUCCUGUCCGAAGUAUCCAGUUCGAUCCCCUCGAUAUCCGGUCGGCGCGACCCGGGGUCAACUCCCGCUUGGUCGUCGAAUUCUGUACUACAGCGGAUAUGGCAAAAGUUAUACAGUCGGGGCUUCAAGUGGGCACGGACCGGCUGGUGUUCUACCCGAAUGAUGACGUCACUACACGCGAAACCGCGGCCUAUAGAAACUACAUGGAGGUUGUUAACGCUCAUGCAGUGAUAGCGGCGUCUGCUGAUAACGCAGUUCGCGGUAAACUUAAAAACGCAGUUUCCAGCGGUCGACGUCACGACCUUAAAGAUACUAUGAAGAUAUGAGCUAAUUGGAAUUGACUUUGAAACCAUGUCAUCAUGCUAAUUUGUGUCGUUUGGUAUAUGUACCGUAGCACGUAACAAUAAUGACUCGAUUUUUUGAGUCAGGUUAAGAUUCAAGAGGGAUAAUUUCAUUACCGCCAUUUUAAUUCAACCAUCCACAUACAUUAAGGCACAUAUACGCUUCCUUUUUUUAGUUUCAGUUUUUGUUUGUUUUAAAUACUGUGAAUAUAAUACAUGUAUUGAUAAUAAUAACUUCUUACUUAU